GAGACGCGGACGGCCGUCGCCUACUCGUAUGUCAUUGCGUACUCGUGCGCGGUGAUCGGCUGCCUCUGGGUGUUCCUCCUCCCGCCGCAGCGCGCGGCCGUCGCCGAGCUCAAGAAGAACGGCGGCAGCCAGCCCAAGGUGGCCGCGCUCAUCUUCUUUGGCCUCUUCAUGGUGCUCCUCACGUCCAUCACGGGCAGCUUGAUGUCCAUGUUCAAGAGCACGAGCUGCUUCCGCAUUGCCGGUGGCCGCGAGCCGUGCCCGGAAGACGCGCCGCAGACGUACAUCGCCAUCAUCUUGGUGCCGGGUGCCAUCGUCGCGUGCGCUACCUUGUACAAGCUCUACAAGAAGUAGAGUCGUGUCUAGUCUCU